GCUCGAUCUAAACGAUCAUGUCCACCGAAACCAUAACAAAACGCUUGCACAUAUCUGGUCUCACAACACCCGCCAUCACACCUGCUGACCUUGCAAAGCGACUCGGAGCCUUUGGCAAGGUAAUCUCGCUCGAUGGCUUUGGUAAACUUGAUGCACUAGGCCAACCGAGGCCUUUCGGCUAUGCGACGAUUGAAGGUCGUAAAACAGACUUGGCGAGGUGUGUAAAUGUACUCAGUGGAACAGUAUGGAAAGGCGCCAAGCUUCGUAUUGGGGAUGCAAAGCCUGAUUUUCGUGAACGACUCGCCUCUCUUUCUGCUCCACCACCCAAAAAACGGCGUGUCAAUUCCAAGGUAGGCACCUAUGCGCCUGAUAUGUCACUGGUCACGCCCGAAACAGCACGUACCCGAGGGGGUUGGAAGGUCACCGAGAUGGGACGUGUGGUGAGAACCAUGCGGAUGAGACCUGAGAAAGCCUUGGAGCCGCCCAGGGUACUUACCAGUGCAGGGAAAAAGAAGUACGACAAAGAUGGGAAACUUGUGACUGGGAAACGCAAAAAACGCGUCAAACUCCCCCCCACACGCGCGCGCCGCCGGACGAUCGAUCCGACGCGCUGGGACUCAACACAUCUGAAGGGUAUGUGGUUGGAUGCUGAGGUAGCGGGCGCGGUGGAUCUUGCAGAGCACGCCGGUGGGCCUGCAAUCCCGAGAAAAAGACGUGAUGAGGCGGCCGAGGACAGCAAUAAUGAACAAGACACCGAAAGUGCGCCUAGUAACCCUGAUGAAGAUAAUGACCACGAGCCUUCAUCGCCGCCGGUCCUAAAAUCUACUGUUUCUCCUCUUCCAUCAUCAGGGCUGUCACCCUUUCCCACCGCUCGUUCACCCGUAACUGAAGCUACGACUGGAGCAAUUCCCUCCCUUGCGCAAGAAAAGCUCACCUCUCUCGCAUUCCUUCGCUCUCUUUUCGGGGACGGGGACGAAGGAUGGGGUGGACAGGAGAGUUUGUCUGAUAUUGAAGAUGCGCAUCUUGAGGGGAAAGGUAAGGCGAGGGACCCUCAGAUUGGGACACGGAUGGAUGUAGAUGAGGGCGAGAUCGAGGAAGUUCCGCAUGAGAAAUACAAGGAAAUGGAAAUGGGAUCAGAUACAGCAAUGUCUCCGCUCAACACACAAUCUCACCCUACAUCCGCGUCAAAGCCAUCCGCUCAGAGUCAGAAGGAAACAAAACUGAAAGAUCUCUUCGCACCGAGGGAGGAGGAAGCUGGAUUUUCAUUACUCGGUCAUCUCGACCUAGACUUUGAGGAGGAAGACGUUCUCGGGAUUUCUGGCCUUUCCCACCCCACCCAACCACAUCAUGCGCUACCUCCUCGUGUAGUCUCCGUUCCUCGUGAACAGCCACAAGCGCACCCAACGCUGGACUCGAAUUUUCCCUUCUUUUUCCCUCUUCCACCAACCCUCCGUUCGCGUUCCUCCAACGCAAGAAAUACACCUCGAGAUAUAUUCUCCCUCUUCCCUCACGUGAGCAAAGAGAAAGACAAUAACGGGGAGCCCUUCUGCCGCACUCAAACUACAUCCGAAAUUCACUCUCAGUGGGAGACCCAAAAAGGUGCGCUGACGAGGGAGUGGAAGGCUCGGUGGAGAGAGGCUUCGAAGGGGAAGAGAGGAAGGGACGAAUGAGCUUGUAGGACUCGGGGAAUUUGGAGUUAGAAGAUUCUUGCUCUAAGAGCAUCCCUCUGGAACCUGUAUCACGGGUACUAUACAUGGUGCACCGCGCCUUUCUUCAUCUCACAUGCCGAAACUUUUGACCGUUUAGCUGGCCACUAGGAUGAUUGAUGUACUCCGCUUGCGAAGAUAGUGUAUCUUCAGUAUCACUUCGGUACUAUUGGCAAUUCAUUUACCCUGCCUAAUA